CGGCUCGACCAAUGGGAGCAUCGCUCAUCUCAAGCCAUCAUGCUAGCAGAACAAGUCCUGUGCAACUAGCUUCUGCUAACUCAUGCAAAUGACACACUGGGGUCGUUUUUCUGUGUGUAGUCUCAUUUCUUUCAUGCACACCGGGAUCUAGAAUGGAAACAACAACGUGUGUGUGAAGGUCGUUUGAUUUCUUCGCCCAGAGGAGCUGAUAAAGGACGUCUUGUCUCGGUUUAACUUAGCCUGUAAGCUACAGUAGCAUAGCCACACUGCUCUGCUCUGCUCUGCACAUCACGACCAGCAACACACUACACACCAAGCAGAGACCACACGUCGGCGUUUCGACGUUGGGAAUCCAUACCAUCAUCAUGGAGAAGGCUGAUUUCUUGAAAGGACUUCCCGUCUACAAUAAGAGCAACUUCAGCAGGUUUCAUGCAGACUCCGUUUGUAAAGCAUCUAAUCGGAGGCCAUCUGUGUACCUUCCAACACGAGAAUACCCCUCUGAACAGAUUAUUGUAACAGAGAAAACCAACAUCCUCCUGCGUUACCUCCAUCAGCAGUGGGACAAAAAGAAUGCAGCAAAGAAAAGGGAACAGGAACAAGGUGAGGGUGAUAGUCCGGCACCCCCGAGGAAGAUCGCCAGGACAGAUAGCCAAGAGAUGAACGAGGACUCAUAAGUGUGUGUGUAUGUCUGUGUGUGUGUGUGUGUGUGUGAGAGAGAGAGAGAGAGAGAGAGAGAGUGUGUGUGUGUGUGUGUGUGUGUGUUUGAGUAUACAGAGUAUAGCCAGUAUAAACUAACAAAAACAAAGGAUCAUCUCACCUGAAUAAAUAUGUCUGGUCAUUCUGCUUUACUAUGGCAGGAUGCCUUUCCUGGCAUGAAAUUAAGAGUCACUCAUAGAGAAUUAGGGGAAUUCCUUUCAACAAAGCAGCCAUUUAUGGUGUAAAUAUUGUCGGCGUGAAAAUUAUGUAACCAGAAAAGUCACUGUUGGUCACUGGCAGAACAGAGCUGCUGUCAGGAAGGGAACUCUAUACAGUACUGCUAUUUUUUUAAUUUAUGCUGGCUAUUCCCUGUGUAGUAGUAAAUGUGUAUAUGUUUGUAUGCACGCUGAGCUGUGAGUGUGUGUUGUACUGUAUGUAUGAAUAGUUGAAAAAAAAUGUCCGAGUAGAUUUAAGAUCAGAGAGGGACUUGACAGAUAAAGUCAGACACUACCCUUAAAAACAGUCUCAUAGCUGGUACAUGACUUGUGUAGCCAUCUGUCACCUGGAGAGUCUGUCCUGACUUGUGCAAAGACAACUUUUUGUUACUGUUUUAAUUUUAUUAUAUUACUAUUAUUGUUUAUGUAUGGCAAAGAGCUUCCUGCCAGCCACAGUGCCCGCCCUCUCGGUUUCACUGCCCACUCUGCAACCACACGGGGGCAUUGCGACAUUUCUCCACACUGUUUGAAUCAACAGAACCAAGACUGCACUGUGAAGAACAGCACAAAGUAGAAGCAACUCUUCCAGAAUCCCCCGUAGAUGUGUGUUUAUGGUGAAUAUGCAUAUCUCACUUCUAUUCUGGGACUUGCGCUCAGUAAGAUAAAUGUCGUGUCGGUGUUUCUGAGAAAUAUUUUUACAUCUAGCACCACUUUCUGGCUAAUCGAGGCUAGCGAGAAUGUGGUUUUCUGCGGGUUUUAGCUGCUCUUUCAUCAAAGGAUGUAAAAGAAAAAGAAGGAAAAGGUUGAGCUUAAAGCUAGGGUUGGUAAUGUUGAGAAACUAGCAAAGAGUACAUUAGAUUUUAUCCAACCGAAAAACCCAGCCCAGUGUCGCCAAUUAUUUUCCAAUGAAAGUAGCAGCACUAGCUCCAAAAGUCCCUAAAUCUAGAGAAAAAGACGCAAAGUCGGCAACACUGUCAGCUCGUCCCUUCAGGCCUCCCUCCAAAGCCACUCCCCCAAAAUUAUCAUAAUGAACGUAAACUACAACAUAGCAAUUGUUAGUAUUCACAGCUGUCAAGCUAGCAGCUUGUGGAAGACUCUGGUGAAACGCAUUGAGUGCACGGGCAGAGUGCGCACAAGUAGGCAGACAGGUUUAGAUUUAUGACAGCCACAGAUGCCAGCUUUUUUUUUUUUUGUCAGAGCAUUUGAUUUAUUAAUUGCUGUUGGGAUGUCAAGAUAAUUUCAACAAAUAUAACAAAAAUGAUUUUAAAGAAUAUUACCAACCCUACCUUUAAAUACGGAGUUGUAAAUUGUAACUUUGUAUUUUCAGUUGCACAACAAGGUAACAGCACAGAUAGUGAAGAAAAGUAUGUAAAGUAAUGUCUGGAAAAGGGAAAAAAAAGAAUACAUUAUGAUGUGUGUAAAUAAUUGCCAGUACCAGAAUUAGUUUAUCCAACGGAGUAUCUUUGUGUCUGCCUUUUUGUAAAAUAAUACAUGCCCAUGAAUACAAUAGAAAAAGACCCUUGUGAAAGUAAGGAGAAGAGCCCCAGUGCCCAGUGGAUGUUACCUUGCCUUGCAUGUUGAUGUUUUCACGACUGGGUAUUAUACGUCUGGACCAGUAAUAAAACUUUAGGGGUGUUGGGGCUGUGGUGUUAUGGAAGGUAUUAGCCUAGAGGCCUUACAACCUGUCAUCAUGGUUUGGACCCUUUAGCUCCCCCAGCUCAGGGCGCUGUCUUUGUGACAGCCCUGGAUGGUUUUUGUCUGAGAGCUGGCUUAGAUGAACACAGGGGGGUUUAAAGGGGUGUUAUAUUUUUCAGCCAUAGAAUGCACAAUAAGCAUGCACAGCAAAGUGCAGUCGCCAUCCUGCCUUGUUCCUGAGCUUCAGUUUGUAUUGGUGUCAUAUACUGUACAACACUGAAUAAAGCUUCUUUUUUUAUUAUUGUCACUGCCCAGCAGAGUCACAUCCAAGCCUCCUGUCCUUCCUGUCCUUUUCUUUCAGUCAAUGCUGCAAUGUGGGUUGACAGUGUGGUCAGUCAUCUUCCUAUCUACAGUGUCUGUUUCUGAAGCGUAAAAAAACACGUUAUGCUUCUGCUCAGAUAGACUGUUCUACAACACCCUAAGCAUUUGCCCCAUCUCAUGUGUGUUAGAUCAGAUCUGUUCUUUUUAGCUUUGCUGAAAUAAAACUGGAUUGAAACUGGG